AUGGCAGCGAGUAGCGAUGACAACGACGAACUCCCGUCGUUGGAUCUGUUUCAGGACCCGGCGGGCUUUUACCCGCCUGAAAAGCCACCCAGCUUCACCACGUAUCUCAUGAAAAACGGUCGUCACAUCAAUCUUCGUCUCGUUGGCCACAGUCCAUUAUGGGGCCAUCUAUUGUGGAAUGCCGGACAAGUUGUCGCCCAAUAUCUUGAAGAGAACACCCAGCAGCUGGUCCAAGGCAAAAAUAUCCUCGAGCUUGGUGCCGGGGCCGGGCUCCCUAGCCUUGUAGCCUCCUUGCUCGGGGCGAAGCAGGUCGUCGUGACUGAUUAUCCUGACAAUGAGCUUAUUGUGAAUUUGCGCCACAACAUUGACCUGAACUUGGCUGCUCAAGAUAUGCCCAAUAUUGUGGCGGAAGGCUUCCUUUGGGGUUCUUCGGCAGACGCACUGACAGCCCAUCUUGAAAAAGGCAGUAGCACCUUCGACGUGCUGAUUCUGGCCGACAUCUUGUUCAAUCAUUCGGAGCACAACAAACUCCUUGACACGGUGACUGGAUGCCUCAAGAGAACAUCUGAUUCUGUGGCACUGGUGUUUUUCACCCCUUACCGGCCCUGGCUACUGGAGCGAGAUCUGAACUUUUUCAAGAUGGCACGAAGCAGCGGCCUUCUCGUCGACAAGAUCAUGGAGCAAACCAUGGACAAAGUCAUGUUUGAAAAUGAUCCUGGCGACGAAACCCUUCGAAGGACUGUUUUUGGGUAUACUGUCAAGUGGGACCUUUAG